CUACAGUAACUGGCUACUGUGAUGGUGCUGCAUUCUAUACCAUGGUAACAUAUGGCAACAUGGGUCGCAACUGGGUUCCUUUUGUGGGCUCAAGAGAACUUGGUGGAAGUCUGCUUGCCCUGUACAAGUAUAAUGCCAACACUACCAAUUUCUGGAUGACUGUGCCAUACAAUUCAGUUGAUGCCACAUAUGAAAUUGCUUCGCCAAUGGAACUUGGCAGCUCUCGCUGUGAAAGUGGAAUCUUUCCCCAGCUUGUCUCCAAGUCAACUAACUCUAAGGGAUCCGAGUUGCCGGCCUCUUCAGUCUGAUGCUAUCAAUGCGGUUUUCUACUUCAAUGUCAACUCCUGUGGAACAACUAGAAGGUUUGACAACAACCUCCUGACUUAUGAGAAUGAAGUGCUGUUCACAUCUUACCGGUUGAGAGUUGCCUGUCACUAUCUGGUCAAUGACACCAAGGUAGUACAGUUCUUGUACCAGAAUAAUCCUGCACCUGUAGUCCAGCCUGGCUUGGGGGACCUUGCAGUCAUCAUGCGGCUUGCAUUGGAUUCAACCUACAAUGACUUCUAUGGCGCUCGGGAUUACCCUGUUGUGAAGUACUUGCGAAGACCCUUGUAUUUUGAGGUAGAGCUCCUGUACAGCAGGGAUCCACAGGCUGAAUUGUUUUUGGAGAACUGCUGGGCAACCUAUUCUGCUGACAGGAAUAGCUCUCCAAAGUGGGAUGUCGUUGUGGACAGCUGUGAGAACUCUGCAGAUGAGUACUUGACCAUCUUUCACCCAGUCUCCAGCAAUGCAAGAGUGCUGUUCCCUUCCCAUCUGAAGAGGUUUGAAGUGAAAAUGUUUUCCUUCCACAAGUGGCCGGGAUGCACUGAAAGGACAGAUUUACUUCCACUGCAGUGUUGUGAUAUGUGAUUCAAACCGGCCAUCAGACAGCCUCUGUAGCAGACGGUGCAUUCCAGGGAUACAGAGGCUUGGUCACAGUGUUGAAGGGAUGGGUGGUGGUGGUGCAGUAAAGGUGUUUGUGUCUUCUGGCCCAAUUGAGCUGAAGAGAGAUGGGUCCCUUCACUUUAUGCCUAGAAGUGCCCAAUUCAAUGUGUGGUCCCUUCUGGGAGCUGCAAUGGGUGUGUGUUCAGUGGUUAUCUUCGUAGCUGGAGUUGUAUCUUUCUGGAAACUGCCAAAAAUUGUGUAUUGAUAAAUAA